AUCAAAUGACUGUUAUGAUCUUAUUUGCUUAGCUGGAAGCCUUAGGUUUCCAUUUGCUACCUUGGAGACGGCGUCCCAUGCGUCACAUAUGGCUGGGAGGGUAACCAAACAUCCACUAUUACUUUAUAACUUGUGUAUCAGGAUACUGGGUUUGAAUUAAGUCAUGCAUGUUUUACAUGUGUAUUUAUACACAUAGAGAUAUAUUGUGUAUCAUUAUUUAUGUAUAACUGCACAUACAGUACCAUAUCUAUAAUAUAAAUAAAUACAGGCUUAUUCAGGUGGUCGAUAAUGGUUUACAGAACUGCAUCAUGUUUCUUGUCAUCUUCACAUUUUUCACAACGAUCCACCUUAACUGAAUAAUCCCGGGUUGGCCCCUCCUCUCUCUCUCUCCGCGGCAGCUUUCCAGCAACAGACUGGCGCUGUGUCCCUCUUUCGGUUUUCCAGCCACUGAAAUUGGCGGAGCGACGCGCUCUCUUUCUGUAGUCCGGUCCAGGUCGCGUUUAUUUGCACUUUCACGCGGAUGUACGUGGACUGGAAACCCACACACAAUUUUAAACAAGAAUACAAACAACCCCUCCGGUUAAAUCAACAAGAACUGCUGCGCGGUUAGACAAACUGGAAUCGUUACCUCCGGUGAUAAUUUCCUCUUCCGUUUGAGAGGGGGGGGGGGUUAACAAUCGUUUUGGAGUGAAAUCUUAAGGUUUGGUGCAGCCUACUUUUCUGGCCUGUAAUAUACCGAGAGAGUUGUUUAAUAACUUGAUUUCCAGAAACUGUGAUCAAAACCGAAGGAAAAGCUUUCUAGUGUCGCGGUAAUCAUUUUGAACUGAUUUGUUAUCCUUGCCACAGUUGUCAAGUUUGAGUCUGAAUGGGGCAGAAACCAGUCCGUUCAGCUUGCACUUCUUCAAAUCCAGUUUGCACUCUUUCAAGAAAGGGUUAAAUCAUUUGUGACUGAGAGCAUUUUAUUUCAGUGGGACAACAGCAUACCCCUCUGAGAUUUUAUUGGAAAUUUAUUUUGGGUUUCUCGUCUCUGAAGUCCAUUUUCAUAGUCCAGCUGUGAACCAAGCGGAAGAAGAGAGCUACAUUUCUGUCGGAGGGGGAAAGUGGAUUUUAAGCGCUGAAGGACACAGUUUGGUGAUCCGUUGACAGGGGUAAACACGGUCCUACGCUUACAGUCAUACAUUAUCAGCGGAGCUGCGUGAGUAGACUUCGGUGUCCUGGAACAGGGAAGGCCGUCGAUGGAUCAAGUCUUACCCGUGCUCUGUUUCUGUGGCAACUAGCAUGCACUUCCUGGUCCUGGGUUGAUCACCUUCAGAGGAACCACAACUCCCGGCUCCUUUCCCCCCGUGUCAGCAGCACAGGAACAGCUUCAGCUGCAACUCUUAGUUAUACCAGUGCUUUCAGACAGGGGCACCCAACACAGGCUACUUAGGACGCAAGCAAGCAAGUAAACAAACAGAAAACAAAGCAACCAAAAUGGCUAACAACACGACGGAUCACCCUCCGGGGAACUCAGUUGCCGAGGGGAACCACGAAGGGGACUUUGGCUGUACGGUGAUGGACCUGAGGGACCUGAUGGAACUGAGGAGCACAGAGGCCGUCACGAAGAUCGGAGACUCCUACGGGGACGUGCAGGGGCUCUGUCGCAGGCUCAAGACCUCGCCCAUCGAGGGUCUCUCUGGAAACCCUGUGGACCUGGAGAAGCGCCACACAUCUUUUGGGAGGAACUUCAUCCCCCCAAAGAAGGCCAAGACGUUCCUUCAGCUGGUGUGGGAGGCUCUUCAGGAUGUCACCCUCAUCAUCCUGGAGAUCGCUGCCAUCAUCUCCCUGGGCCUGUCCUUCUACCAUCCCCCCGGGGGCGACAGCGAGCUGUGCGGCCAGGCGGCAGCGGGCGCUGAGGACGAGGGCGAAGCACAGGCGGGCUGGAUUGAGGGCGCCGCCAUCCUCUUCUCGGUUAUCAUUGUGGUGCUGGUGACUGCCUUCAACGACUGGUCCAAGGAGAAGCAGUUCCGGGGGCUGCAGAGCCGCAUCGAGCAGGAGCAGAAGUUCACCGUCAUCCGCAAAGGCCAGGUCAUCCAGAUCCCCGUGGCUGAGAUCGUGGUGGGGGAUAUCGCCCAGAUCAAAUAUGGUGACUUGCUGCCGGCGGAUGGUAUCCUGAUACAAGGCAACGACCUGAAGAUUGAUGAGAGCUCUCUGACUGGCGAAUCAGAUCAAGUCAGGAAGUCCCUGGAGAAAGACCCGAUGCUGCUGUCUGGCACCCAUGUGAUGGAGGGCUCGGGCAGGAUGUUGGUGUCGGCGGUGGGUCUCAACUCCCAGACGGGGAUCAUCUUCACUCUGCUGGGCGCCGGCGAGAGUGACGAGGAGAAGAAGGUCAAGAAAAGUAAAAAACAAGGAACCCCCGAAAAUCGCAACAAAGCUAAGACCCAGGAUGGCAUCGCCCUGGAGAUCCAGCCCCUGAAGAGCGAGGAGGCGGCCGAAUCGGAGGAGAAGGAGGAGAAGGAGGAGGUCAAGCAGGUGAAGAAAGUCCGGGUCACCAAGAAGGAGAAGUCCGUGCUGCAGGGCAAACUGACUAGGCUGGCCGUGCAGAUUGGGAAGGCUGGUCUGAUCAUGUCGGCUGUGACGGUCAUCAUCCUCAUCCUCUACUUCGUGGUGGACACCUUCGGCGUCCAGGGCCGCCCCUGGCUCAAGGAGUGCACACCCAUCUACAUCCAGUACUUUGUCAAGUUCUUCAUCAUUGGGGUGACGGUGCUGGUCGUGGCUGUACCUGAAGGCCUGCCCCUGGCUGUCACCAUAUCUCUGGCUUACUCUGUGAAGAAAAUGAUGAAGGACAACAACUUGGUGCGCCAUCUGGAUGCGUGUGAGACGAUGGGCAAUGCCACGGCUAUCUGCUCCGACAAGACGGGCACACUGACCAUGAACCGCAUGACGGUGGUGCAGGCCUACAUAGGAGACAUGCACUACAAGAACGUUCCAGAGCCUGAUGCCAUCCCGCCAAGUAUUCUGGAGCUGAUGGUCAACAGCAUCUCCAUCAACUCAGCCUACACCACCAAGAUCCUGUCUCCAGAGAAGGAGGGUGGUCUGCCUCGCCACGUCGGCAACAAGACAGAGUGCUCCCUAUUGGGCCUGGUGCUGGCGCUGAAGAGGGACUACCAGCCAAUCAGAGAGGAGAUCCCAGAGGAGAAACUCUACAAGGUGUACACCUUCAACUCCUCCAGGAAGUCCAUGAGCACCGUGCUAAAGAACGCAGAUGGCAGCUUCCGCAUGUACAGCAAAGGAGCCUCUGAGAUCGUCCUGCGCAAGUGCUCCCGUGUUCUGGAUACUCAGGGUGAGGCACGCAUAUUCAAGCCCAAGGACCGUGAUGAGAUGGUGAGCAAGGUGAUCGAGCCCAUGGCAUGCGACGGCCUGCGGACCAUCUGCGUUGCGUACAGAGACUUCCCGGCUGAGGGCGGCGAGCCUAACUGGGACGCGGAGAACGACAUCCUCAACAAUCUCACCUGCAUCUGCGUGGUGGGCAUCGAGGACCCAGUCAGGCCGGAGGUACCAGCAGCCAUCACCAAAUGCCAGAGGGCCGGGAUCACCGUCCGCAUGGUUACCGGGGACAACAUCAACACUGCUCGCGCCAUUGCAACCAAGUGUGGCAUCUUGCUUCCUGGAGAGGACUUCCUGUGUUUGGAGGGCAAAGAGUUCAACCAACAGAUCCGCAACGACCAGGGAGAGGUGGAGCAAGAGCGCCUGGACAAGGUGUGGCCCAAACUGCGUGUGCUGGCUCGCUCUUCCCCCACUGACAAACACACUCUGGUCAAAGGGAUCAUUGACAGCACUGUCUUGGAAACACGACAGGUGGUCGCUGUGACGGGGGAUGGGACCAACGAUGGCCCCGCCCUCAAGAAAGCAGAUGUCGGAUUUGCAAUGGGUAUAGCUGGUACCGACGUAGCCAAGGAGGCUUCAGACAUCAUCUUGACGGAUGACAACUUCACCAGCAUCGUGAAGGCUGUGAUGUGGGGGAGGAACGUGUACGACAGCAUCUCCAAGUUCCUGCAGUUCCAGCUCACUGUCAAUGUGGUGGCUGUUAUAGUGGCCUUUACAGGGGCCUGCAUCACACAGGACUCCCCCCUCAAAGCGGUACAGAUGCUGUGGGUGAACCUGAUCAUGGACACGCUGGCUUCCCUAGCCCUGGCCACCGAGCCCCCCACAGAGUCACUGCUCCUGAGGAGGCCCUACGGCCGCAACAAGCCUCUCAUAUCCCGCACUAUGAUGAAGAACAUCCUGGGCCACGCCAUCUACCAGCUCACCAUCAUCUUCACUCUGCUCUUCGCUGGAGAAAAGAUUUUUGAUAUUGACAGUGGUCGUAACACACCCCUCCACGCGCCGCCCUCGGAGCACUACACCAUCGUGUUCAACGUGUUCGUCAUGAUGCAGCUCUUCAACGAGAUCAACGCCAGGAAGAUCCACGGGGAGAGGAAUGUCUUCGAGGGAAUCUAUCGAAACCCGAUCUUCUGCAGCGUGGUCCUGGGAACCUUCGUUCUGCAGAUCAUCAUUGUCCAGUUUGGUGGGAAGCCCUUCUCCUGCACGUCCUUGACAAUUGACCAGUGGCUCUGGUGUGUGUUUAUUGGUGUGGGAGAGCUGCUCUGGGGACAGCUUAUCUCGGCCAUCCCCACCCACCACCUGAAGUUCCUAAAGGAGGCAGGUCACGGCACUACCAAGGAGGAGAUCAAAGAGGAGGAGAUGACGGAGGGAGCCGACGAAAUCGACCACGCUGAGAUGGAGCUCCGCAGGGGCCAGAUCCUCUGGUUCCGAGGACUCAACCGCAUUCAGACUCAGAUGGACGUGGUCUACACGUUUCAGACAGGCCAGGCUCCCGUGCCUGGAGCUCUGCGUCGCCAGCCCUCAGUGGUCAGCCAGCACAACGACACCGCCAAAACUAUUAAGGUGGUGAACGCGUUCCGCAGCUCCCUGUACGAGGGAAUAGAGAACCCAGAAUCCCGCAGUUCCAUCCAUAACUUCAUGGCCCACCCCGAAUUUGUUCCCCUGUCGGAGGAGGAGGCCCGCGCGCCCCCCAUUGAGGAGGUCAGCACGGAAAUGGAGGCCGUCCCCAGUUCCUCCUCUUCAGGGGGCGGCCAGGCCCCCGACGCCUCCCUCCGCAACCACGAGACCUCCGUCUAACCUCUUCCCCCCAUCAGCCCUGCUGGCUGACAUCAGACAUCUACCCCACCCACUUGCACCUCCAGCUGUGGUGGUCAGCCACAGCGUGUCACAUCACAAUCACAGAAUCAUUCCAUAAAUACUGACCCUCCCACACACCUUUACACAUACACUCAACGGUGGGUCCCAUGUAUCGCCUAGAACCCCCCCUCCCCCUCCCCCUCCACACAAACACCUUUACCCCCGGUCCACCCCCCCUGCCACCAACAGCCACAGCCUACCUGGGUGGCUUGCACUGACUGGUUCUAGUGUUCCUGUAAAUGUGUGCAGCAGACUGACAUGCAGGGCAUCCAAUCACAUCACUUUAAACUCACAAAUGACUGGGUCCACCACCCCUCCACCAAUUUGUCUUGGUUUGACAGCUUGUUCUUCAUGUUUCCUUUCUAAUCUAGGUUUCUCCUGUAAUCCUUGAUGUUUUCUGUUUUGAUUUGAAACUCUCCCGAGAACUGAACUGCAGCAUGUUAUCUAUCGUUCUGUACUUGCCUCUAUCGUGUAUACGCUUAAUGACUUUUAAGGUGUUGUUUAUCUUCCUGUAUGUAAAUAUGCUUUGAUUCUUCAAUACAGCUUUAAAGUUUAUUGGGCGAAUGUCAUUUUAAGAGUUCUCAGUUACUUAGCCAUGCCUUUCCUUUCAUUUAUUGUUAUUGUAAGAGUACAUUGUGAAUUUAUUUUAUUUCAUGAUAUUUUUGUAAUGUGUAUUAAUGGAGAAUUUAGCUCAAUAAUAAGAGUACUUCCUUAUGAGUCAGAGACACUACAGGCUUGAGGUCAUUGUCUCGCCAUAUUUUCGCCUUCAGAAUGUCUGAAGACACGUGUUCUUCUUUAGGGCCCCUCGAGAUUUACUGUGUUUAGGAAGGACAGUGCCAAGGAAUCAACUCAUCUAGUUAGGCUCCUGUCUGCCAUUACAGGCAACGGGCAUAAAAGGAACAUUCAUCUGCCCUCAUCUCAUUCAGGCAGACUUCUGGUUCUCUAUAGCUCCUUGCCAGUAAGCCUGACAGUGCACUAUACUGCCUCAAUAUUGAGUACGAAAACUACCAUCUAAGUGAAUUGAGCGAUAUUGAAAUUUUUUCCACAGAUACCCCUCCCCCAUUGUAGAAUGCAUGUUGUAUCCCAGUUGAUUGGCAUGGGAUUGUUGAUCGGGAUUUUAGGAACAGUUAUCAAGGAACUCACUUUAGGCGGGGACAGUUAUGGAAAAAGGUAGUCAUUUUGCUUUAGGUUGUCAUUCGUUUAGAUGAGAGAAAAAUCUGUACGUGCCACCGGUACAAAGAUACUUUGUAGCCAUCGGUGCUGGCUAUCUAACCCGCCGGACGCCUCUACGUCUGAGUGUCAUUAUCGAACCUCACUGUGUUAGCCUUGGCGAGUGACACGGGAGACUAUUGAUCUCUCCUGUGCCUCAAGGAUAACAAUCAGCAUCCCAGGUCUAAAUCCAAUAUCACCCCUCCCUCUUUUCCUAUUUGUCCCUCCUCUCUGCUAGUGCAGGGACAUAGCACAUCUCCAGCACACCUGGCCUCUAGCACCACAGCCUCAGAUAACUGCCAUACAAAGAAACAAGAGCUGUUCUGGAGGAGUCCUAAAGCUAGGGGUAUCUAGUAGAAAAACGCUGUCCUGCCCACCAGUGGUGUGUAGUGCAGCUGGAGGAGCUCAUUUAGAUCAUGCUGUCAGACCCAGUAAAGUAAUACAACUGCCAUAAUUCAACCCUCUUUUGUCAUAACUAGGUUGUGUCUCUACACAAGCCUCCUCUAACAAACCUCUUCUACUUAAAUCAGAGCCAUAUUUUAUAGGUUGUUGGUUUGUACCCCAUUGUUUAUGAGGUUUAUUUUUUACCUUUGACCCUCCCCCUUUCCAACUGUGGCCCCAACCCUAAUUCCCCCAUGACCAAAUAGGAAGACAAAACUAAAGUUGCCACUGCCGAGAAAUCUAGUUAAAGGACCACUACGAUGUUUACAGAGCUGAGCCAGCAGACCUGCCUGCUGUUCUUCCUUGAUGAGUCCCUUUCAUGAGUCUUAAACUAAUAGGGAAGCUUAUUUGCAUGGAUUUCAUAUAAAACUCAAUAUUCUGUUAAUUUUUUUACAAUUAUUCUGUAUUUUUAUAUUUAGUACUUUUUAAUAUUUUUGAAAUAUAUGAAUAUAUAUGUAUAUGUGUGUAUAUAUAUAUACAUAUAUAGGCUAAAGAGUAUGGUGACAGUACAUUACAUGAGUGAGAGGAAUCUUCAGUGGAGUAUGUCGUUUUCCAGUUCUACAAAUAUUCUUGCCACAUUUCUAAACCUACAUUUUGUUGUCUGAUGUUAGGGCUCCUAAACAUUAAAUUACCUGUUUACUUACUGUCGGCGUUGUGAUUGGACACUACUCUCUCAGCAAUCUACUGUAGUCUCACAGACAAUUUUAAGUAAUCUGACUCAUUGGAAGUCUUAUUUGGCAACAUAUUUCAAAAUAUAUAGCCGCUCAAAAGAUAUGUCCUUGAAUUACUUUUAAUUGAGCUCAACAAAGAAAAAAUAACAGUAUUUAUAUUAACAUAUUAAUGUAAUGAUAAACCAAUUGGGGGUAUUAAUCAUUUUCAAAUUCAAUAUCUAGGUUUGUUUUUGUUCUCCCAGACUACUAUGAUAAUUUGUAUUUCAUUUUAUAUGGGAUUGGUGCUUUUUAAUGACAGCGAUAGUAUGGAAGUCAAGUUGUUUGAACUUGAAUGGUUUUUGAUGUCCAAAUUAAGCAUCACCUUAUUUUACAAAUGGCUGAGGAAACUGUUUAUAGAGAGCAUAACUGUUAUAUAGUAGGAAGUGACAUCACUUCCUCUUCCUGUUUAUGUAUCUGUAAACACUAACAAAAUGCCUUGGUUGUGGUGUCUCAUUGUGGCCUCAUUUUGAAGGGAGAAACACUUUCAAAGGUAAUCCUUUUAAUUUUUCUGACAACUUUCUUUCGGAAUACUGCACCCAUGCUUUAGUAUACUGUAAAUAUUGGUGAAUAAUCAUUUGAACAUGACUAUUAACUACCAUUCGUAACAAGUGGGGGGCUAUCAGUCGAUGAUAACCCAGCAAAGCUUUAAGAAUGUUUCUGCCAAAGUUUGGUUUUUGUAUUCUUUUCUUUCUUUGACUAUACCCGUGUGCCCACUCAUUUGUUUAAAUUACAUAACAAAUUUCACUGUGUAACCCAAUGUCUCCCCUAAUUAGCCUGUGUUGCAUUUAAAUGUUAACAGGAAAUGCUCGAGCUGCAAAAACGAACCCUGUAAGACCCGACCCUAUAAUUUCAACAUCACGUUUAGCUCUCCAAAAAACAAAUUUGCUAAUAAAAAUGUCUUGGAACGACUACAUUUACGUAACCAUUGGGUCCUAUUGUCUUGCCUUGCAAUGCUAUUGGAUAAAUUUGAUCUUUCAAAAAAAAAAGAAAUUAGCAAUUAAAGAGCUAAAGGUGAUGUUGUAAUUUUACAACAAGGGGUCUUACAGGGUUUAAGGUUAGCUACUGUUGGGUUACGGUUAGCUACUGUUGGGUUAGGGUUAGCUAUUGUUGGGUUAGGGUUAGAUACUGUUGGGUUAGGGUUAAGGUUUGCUAUUGUUGUCUCUUCUCUAUUGCCAUGGCUUCAGUUGUGCCAUUGUACUCCUCCUCACGUCCUCAUCACCAGGUGUAAAAGAACUCCUGCGGCACUUCACACUUUCAGUACUUUGUUAAACUUUUAACCUGGGCACAACUGUACCAUAGAAGCAAAGGCAACAAGUGAAGUUGUCAAAGGAAUGUGUGAAUUCGUUCAAAUUGCAGAUGCUACAUUAGAAAAGCCUAGCAUGGCUCUAUAGUAAUCUAUGGGACCUUGAAUUGCACAGGUUUUAAUUACAACUAAUGUAUGAGAUGGAAAAGUUGUUGUGCAAUAAUUGUUGGAAUUUUACUGCAUUGCUUUCUCUAAAAGCAUUGCCUUUCUUAAAGUCCUACAUUAGGUUUGGGAAAAAACAUUUACAUGAACACAGUUGUAAAUCAUUUAAAAAUAAGUUUAAAAGUUCAGAGAAAAAUUAAAAAUUACAAUUAUGGAAUUCAUAAUCACCUAUUUUAUAUCUGCAGAUAUAUUACCCAAGCCAGAUAUUGUGUUUUAAUACAUAGGAAAACUGUAUUCAUUCGCAAAAAAAUGCAGAAAGUAGAUUUUCUGUAAUUGAUACCGUAUGAUACACAGUAAUGAGCACUAGUGUUAUUUUUGUAUAAACAUAAUAUCAUCUGUGUGGCAUGCAUGAAAUAUAAACAAAUAUGGUGGUUUAUAAGCAA